CGUACGAGCCAGAAGCCUGGUCCGGUACCGGGAGGAUGGCCGUUCAGCAAGUAUUCCCACUUUCCUGUGCAGUGCAGCACUAUGCCUGGGGGAAGAUGGGUUCCAACAGUGAAGUGGCUCGGCUGCUGGCCAGCAGUGACCCACAGGCCCGGAUCUCAGAAGACAAGCCAUAUGCAGAGUUUCCUGUUUUUCCAGCUGUGGAUGGGGUCCCACCCCCGGGGAGAUGCCAAGAUCCUUGACAAUCGCAUCUCACAGAAGACCCUAGGCCAGUGGAUUGCCGAGAACCAGGACUGCUUGGGCUCAAAGGUCAAGGACACCUUUAAUGGCAAGCUGCCCUUCCUCUUCAAAGUGCUCUCGGUUGAAACGGCCCUGUCCAUCCAGGCACACCCUAACAAGGAGUUGGCAGAGAAACUGCACCUCCAGGCUCCACAGCACUACCCUGAUGCCAACCAUAAGCCAGAGAUGGCCAUUGCCCUCACCUCCUUCCAGGGUUUAUGUGGUUUCCGGCCCAUUGAGGAAAUUGUGACGUUUCUGACAAAGGUGCCUGAGUUCCGGUUUCUGAUUGGAGAUACUGCAGCAACACAGCUGAAGCAGAGCAUGAACAGGGACUCCCAGUCUGUGGCCUCUGCUCUGCAGAGCUGUUUCUCCCACCUGAUGAAGAGUGAGAAGACGGUGGUGGUGGAGCAGCUCAACCUGUUGGUGAAGCGGAUCUCCCAGCAAGUGGCUGCUGGAAACAACAUGGAAGACAUCUAUGGGGAGCUCUUACUGCAGCUGCACCAGCAGUAUCCAGGUGAUAUUGGAUGCUUUGCCAUCUACUUCCUGAACCUGCUCGCCCUGAAGCCGGGAGAGGCCAUGUUUCUGGAGGCUAAUGUGCCCCAUGCCUACCUGAAAGGAGACUGUGUGGAGUGCAUGGCGUGUUCAGACAACACUGUUCGUGCUGGCCUGACACCCAAGUUCAUCGAUGUGCCAACCCUGUGUGAAAUGCUCAGCUAUAUCCCCAGCAAGGACAGGCUCUUUCUUCCAACACGGAGCCUGGAAGACCCCUACCUCUCUAUCUAUGACCCCCCUGUGCCAGACUUCACUGUCAUGAGGAUGGAGGUCCCUGGCUCCAUCACUGAAUACAAGGUCUUGGCAGUGGACUCUGCCAGCAUCGUCCUGGUGGUCCAGGGGAGAGUGACAGCCAGCAGUCCUACAGCCCAGACGCCGAUCCCCCUGCAGCGUGGUGGGGUGCUUUUCAUUGGGGCCAAUGAGAGCGUCUCACUGAAGCUCACUGCGCCCGAUGACCUACUGAUGUUCCGUGCCUGCUGCCUGCUGUAG